GCCAUACCGUAGAAGAAGCUAUUUUGUAAUCUAAAGAUGGCGCAACCCGGUGUUUUACUCGUGCGUGUGAGAGCGCUGUGUCGCCUCAGCAAAUGUCUUCAAACGGGAGGACCAACGGCGUCGAACUGGGGUUGGCACAUGCGCUGGUGUCAAACACCUACCGCCAGCUUUAGGGUUUACAGCACGUCACAUUUCCAAUAUAAAGAAGGGAACAUUAACUCCAACUUGCUGGAUGAGUUUCCGGACCCCAAAUGUCUCCUCCAUAACACGAUCUCUCGUUCAUCGGGAGUCAAAGACCUGUCUCACCUCAUCCAGUACACCUGCACCGAGGGAGAUGGCGUCAAGAGAGCCACUGUUACCGUACUCUGGCCCUGCAAGUUUGAGAAAGAAGGUUUCGCCUCCAGGAAAGUAGAUGCAGAGAGAUUCGCUGCGGCUGCUGCUUGCCACCAGCUCAAAGAAAUGGGUGUAAUCGGCCGAAAAAAUCAGCUCCCCAGAAAUAGCUUCAGCAGAUGGAGAGGAGUGAAAUCAUCUCUCUAUGAUGUCGAUGAAGACCCCCCGAUUGACGAGGUCCAAGAUUCUACAACAGAAUUGUCGCCACCUCUACCCGAAAGCCGGUCAGAUUUUGCCGAAGCGCUUUCUCUCUUCCCUUCUCCUAUAGGGCUGUUAAGCAAGGUGUUGCAGGUGGCCACUGGCGGUAACAACAUCAAAGAGCAGAUAGAGUACAACAUAAGCGGAGGGAAGCUCAAAAGUUGUGAGCUGACCCUGCGCUGGCCGCAGGAAAUGACUUUCACAGCGAGGGCGAGCAACAAGGGUGAAGCAAAGAAGCGGGCAGCGGCUCUUGCCUGCAUGCGACUGAAGGAGCUCCAGCUUCUAGAUGGGAACAACAAUCCUCUCACUCAUGCCGGGUACCACAAGGAGAAGGUGAGGGAAGCGGCAAAGAGUGGGCGGCGUGCUCUUCAGGUGCAAGUCCCGGACUACCUUAAGGAAUGUAUGAGGGAAUAUCUCGCACAGUACCCAGUAGAUGCAGAGCUGCUGAAACUCUGCGAGGAAGGGAAAGAAGAGCAGAUAGCAAAGGAGGAAGACAACUUGGUGAUAGACGCCAUCACAGGAAAGCCAUACAGGCCGCUGUCUCCACAGGAGGUCCAGUACCUCAACGACCACCUGCAGAACAAGUGGAAGAGUGCCUCCCCCGGCCUGAGUGUGACGCUGCCAGUGGACAGCCAUCGGCAGCGCGUCAUCUCGGCCGUGCAAUCUUCCAGGGCGGUCGUGAUUGCCGGAGAGACCGGAUGCGGCAAAACCACACGUAUCCCACGAUUCCUCCUGGAGGAGUGCGUGAUGGCAGGGCAGGGGGCUCAGUGUAACAUCUUGGUGACCCAACCUCGCCGAAUCAGCGCUGUGUCGGUCGCCCAGCGCGUUGCCCAGGAGAUGGGCCCUGCUCUCAAACGCUCUGUGGGAUAUCAGGUGAGACUGGAAAGCAGACCACCAGAACAGAGCGCCGGAGCCUUGCUCUUCCUUACAGUCGGUGUCCUGCUGAGGAAGCUUCAGUCCAACCCCACUCUGAAGGGAAUAAGCCACGUGGUGGUGGACGAGGUGCACGAGCGUGACGUCAACACAGACCUGCUGCUCGCACUGUUGCGCUCUACCAUGGAAAAAAACGCUGACCUGCGCGUGGUGCUCAUGAGCGCCACCGGAGACAACCAGCGGCUGGCUCGCUAUUUCGGGGACUGUGUUAUUGUGAAAGUACCUGGAUUCAUGCAUCCUGUUCAAGAGAAAUAUUUGGAGGACAUCCUGGGAGAAAUGGGGCGCCGCUUGCCUGUUGAAAAGAGCGAUGAUGCCUCUCCAGAUCUGGAUCUUGUUGCUGAUGUCAUUGAACACAUUGACAGACAUGGACAACCAGGUGCAGUGUUGUGUUUCCUGCCCGGGUGGCAGGACAUUAGGACCGUUCAGCAGCUGCUCGAGAUGAAGCCGCACUUUUCCUUUGGCUCUCAGAUGAUCCUGCCGCUGCACUCUAGUUUAUCAGUGGCAGAUCAGCAGGCGGUGUUCGAUCACCCCCAAGAGGGCCGAAGAAAAAUUGUUCUGGCCACCAAUAUAGCCGAGACCGCUAUCACCAUAGAUGAUAUUGUGCAUGUUGUGGAUUCAGGAAGCCACAAAGAGCAUAGUUACGACCCAUGCACUAAAGUGUCUUGUCUGGACACGGUGUGGAUAUCUCAAUCCAAUGUCACCCAAAGAAAAGGAAGAGCGGGGCGCUGUCAACCGGGACAGUCGUAUCAUCUGUUCUCACGAAAACAUCUGGACUCUAUGAGCCUUUUCCCCAUUCCGGAGAUCCUGCGCACCCCCCUGGAGAGCUUGGUGGUUCAGGCCAAAAUUCACAGUCCAAAAUGCAAGGCUGUAGAGUUCUUAUCGCAAGUGUUAGACAGCCCAGAGCAGGGAGCGGUGGCAGACGCUGUCCAAAAUCUGCAAGAUAUCGGAGUUCUUGACAGGUCCGAAACGCUGACAUCUUUAGGAGAGCGUGUGGCCUCCAUGUCAUGUGACCCACGUCUGGGCAAAGUUCUGGUCCUGAGCACAAUGUUCAGGUGUGUCCUACCCAUAUUGUCCAUAGCUGCCUGUCUGACCCGGGAUCCUUUCUACAACAGCCUGCAAAACCGAUCGUUGGUCACCAAGGCCAAAGCCAAACUGAGCGGCUCCAGCUGUAGUGACUACUUGGUGUUCAGCCGAGCCGUGUUGGGAUGGAGAAGGCUUCAGCAAGAGGGCUACCGCGAGGAAAGAGACGAUUAUCUACAAACGAACAUCUUGUCAAGGCCUGCCCUCCGAUUCAUCAAUGGCUUGAUUUCUCAGUUCAGCGACAACCUGCGCGAGGCUCAGCUGGUGUCCCAUGCUAACGAGUGUCAGCGUUACUCUUCACGCCUCAACGAGCACAGCGAGCAGGAGCAGCUUCUGAAAGCGCUGCUGCUGGCUGGACUCUACCCCAACCUCAUCCAGGUGAAGAAGGGCCUUGUGGCCAAAGGGGGGCGCUUCCGUCCCAACCGCCUGUCUUUCCGCACGCUUAGUGGCCAAGUCCUGCUUCACCGCUCCUCCGUGAACAAAGGAAACGAGGCGCUGCCUUGUCGAUGGCUCACCUUCUUUGGCGCCGUCAAGUCCAGCGGCGUUGUUUUCAUUCGCGACUCGUCCGCGGUGCAUCCACUCGCCCUGUUAUUGCUCACAGAUUGUGACAUCAAUGAGACAGUAAGUGGAAACAUGGUGGAGGUGUCCUUCCAUGGUCGCUCGCUCGUGCGCUGUCAGCUAGCGGCCGACACGUGGGAGCUUCUGUGGGAGCUGCGCACGUCUAUUCAGGCCAUGCUCCAGCGCAACCUCAGCAACCCCAGGAACGCAGCCAUCCACCAGGACCAGGACGGCAAGCUUGUCUCGCUGCUGGUGAAUCUGCUCAACGACACCAACCAGAAAGCGUGGGCUUGUAAUGACAGAAACGACACAGAGGUGGACUGAGGACGGAAAGGCAACAGAAGGUGACGCCGUCGUAUUUAUUGAGCUCUUGAGAUAAUGCAAGUACCCUUUUCGAUGGGUACUUAAAAUAUUGAACAAUUCAAGGCUCCACAUUGUCCAGUCUGGGGAAUAAAAUCAUGAACUUGGGUUAUGCAGCCCCAUAUGUAUUGCUUUAUUAGAAGCAGAAGUUUGUUGAUGUUCAUUUGUAAAUAAAAUGACAUCUGAUUGACCUAA